AUGUUGCCGACAGACCCAUCCUCAGCUUCGGCAUCCGCUUCGUCACCCUUCAGCAAACCGUUGUCUUCGCCUGAUGAGAUAAUGAAUGGUGGCGAGGGAUCGUCCGCGAAUCAGAAUCAACUAUUAGGUCAUGAGGGUUAUACUAGAUCACCUCACGAUGUCAUGCAGGGUAUGCAGGCUCUGUUGAAUAGUUUCAACAAUGGCUCAUCCCCAUCUUCUUCUUCUUUCUCCCCAGUCCCGCGAUUUCAACCUAAUCCUUUCCCUACAUCUGCUCAGCAACAAAACACCAAACCCAGCAUACCUCCUUCACAACCUCAGCCUCAGCAAGAUAUCAAACCUGUCUUUCAGAUAAAGCAGGAACCUCAACCUUUCCAGCAGAAUAUCCCACCACCUCAACGAGAGAUCAAACCCUUCCAUUCGAUUCCUCCCCCAGCCUGUCCCUCUAGGUUACCCAAUCUUCCCUCGGCUGAGGUGCCCUUACCAACUCCCGCAUCAUUACAACCUUCCAACCAAUCGAGUGCGAAUGGAUCCCACAGUCAUGGAGGGCUGAGGUCGGAUCCUCCACGGCGGAUGUAUGAAGUUGAUGGAAUACCUAUGAUUACCCCUUCGCUGGACGAUCUGUCGAAUAGCAAUAGUUCCAACCAACUUUUCCUCCAAGGUGACCCUCAGUUCUCGGACAAAUCUCGAGUAGAGACAGCAAUAAGAGUAAUCAUCGACAUCUUACAAUUCUGCCCCAUUCCCACGCCCAUGCGACCCAUCCACCCAUCUCUUCAUCCAUUGCUACCUCGUGAUUCCAAUGGCAACCUCCUCAUGGCGUUUGAACGCAUAGCAACUUUCCACGGUUUACGCUUACAAGCCGGGACAACUACCAAGGCAAGUUCGAAGAAACAACUUCAAGCUGGACCGAUACCCAAAGAACAUCUAGCCUACGUGGAAACAGCUGUUUACAUGUCUGGAGACAAUGGGCGGAGGGUGUAUGUCUGUAAGCGAUGUCGGAACAGAGAGGCAAGGAGAAGGGCAUCAAAGGAGGUCAAUAGGAAAAGAUUGCCUAAUUCAGACUCAGAUACUUCUUCCUCACAGGUCAAACCUAGACCCUCGCUCGUCCCAUCAUCUCAAGAUUACAUCACGGGUGAGAAUCCGGAUCAGUAUGAUCCUCAUAGAAAUGGUCAGAUAGUUGAAGAACCAUCUUGGGAUCCGGAACAUAGAGAUUGGAGACAUGAGAUCGUCCUUUUCAAUUCCCCUCCGGAAGUCAAGAUGGAAGAUGGAAGUUGUAAUUGGUUACCCUUUAGAGUGGUUUGUUACGGAAAAUGUCAUGGUGAGAAAGUGGGAUUCAAGAUCAAAUUCACCUUACGGACGUGGGACGGACGUGUCAUCGCCACUUCUACUACUAAACCUAUACGUAUAACGGAUGAUCACAAAACCGAACCCAAGACCAAAUCCAAGGUCGAUGGACUGACUUCAAGCCAAACUCAACCUGCUGUUCCUAGGCAGAGGAAAGGGCGUCAAAGUACCGCAUCAUCAAGACGACAAUCACCUGCACCUUCCGAAAGCGAAAGUGUACAGUCAUUUUCGGAAGCUGGUGCCCUCCUGCAAAAACAAACACCAUCGGUACGAGCAGGUAAACCAUACGAACGACCUCCAUCUCAAUCACCUGCAAUGGGCACUAUUCCCAUCGAUAACUUCAUGUCUAACGGAUUCCAAAGGCAUGGAUCAACCACUUCCCUUCAAUCACUUCGUCAACAACCAGAUGUCAUGUCUCAAAGACCACCUCAACCGCCGCAGCAGCAGCAACAACAAUCUUCUGUCGACUUCAAUUUGCAACAAGUCAACAAUACCGUCAGUCCUGGUAUAUUGAGAGGUCCUCAGUUCCCACUCAAUGAUCAAAUGGAAGUCAAUAACGGUAUGCAGAGUAACAGUCAACCUCCUGCACCCACCAACCUGACUAGCCCUCGGUCACAGAUGAUGUCGCUCAAUGGACAUAAUGACAUGUUGUUCUCUCAAAACAUACAAUCACCUAACAAUUUCAUGUCGACGUUGGGUUUGACUGGUCAAACAGCUAGUGCUCAGCCGUCGAUGAUCUUCAGUAACGACACAACCGACGUGGAGAUGUCAAGUGCUAUGACAGGUGGAUUGGACGAUAUAUUCGCUGCAUCAAGCCAUACCUCCAUCUCAUCGAUGAGUGACGGUGGAUCAGUAUUCUCAGGGUUCGGUGAAGAUCGAUCGUCUGCGAUGUUCAGCGAAAGCGGUAUACCUCCAGCUUCGGCAACAGAUAUUGACCAAUUCCUCGACUAUACAGGUGGAGAACACGCGGAUGUAUCGAAUCCAUUCCAUCAACCUAUGCAACAUCAACCUGAUCUGGGAAUGUUCCUCAACAACAAUGUCUCACCGCCUGCCGGAAACAGCUUACCGCCUCUACCAUUUGAUCAUCUGCACUUAUCACCCACUGCCAACCGAAUGGAUCUUUCCCAUGCGGCCCAAGCACAGCAAGAUCAAUCCAUCUCUGAUAUGUUGGCUGCGAUGGCACAAUUACCAUCCCAAGCUCAGAUCACACAUGUCAUACCUGGAGAUGGGCCCAUGGCUGGAGGAACGAAGAUUGCCAUCGCUGGCAAGUUCUUCUCCCCUGGUAUGGUGAUUGUCUUCGGGCAACGACCGGCACCAACGGACUUCGUCAGCGAUAGUUUCGUACAAUGCAAAUUACCUCCGUCGAGUUUCCCUGGUGAGGUCGAAGUGACUGUUCAAGGUGCUUUCAAGAUACCCGGUCAGAACAGUCAGAUGUUCAGGUAUAACGAAAUGGAUAAGGAUCUAAUGAGACUGGCAUUGGAAGUUCGAAAUCAAUAUAAUGGAUCUUCCAGCGAUGCUGCUUAUCGACUCGCGCAUCAUGUUGCCACGAGAUCGGCGACGAAUAGUGAAUGGAGCGAAAGAUCAAGCUCAAACUCACCCAUGUCUGGUCCUUCACCUGGCGACCAAGAUGACGAUAUAGCCGAUCAAUCCGACUCUACAGAUGGUAACGGCAAACGAUGUACCAACACCAACACCAACACCAAUGAUACCCUCCAGUCUACCAUCAUUAACUUUUUAGCUUCCAUUGAUGAAAAUGCGCCCGGCUCGUUGCGAGCUAGUGGAGCGAUCAAUCACAAGAACGAUGCUGAACAGACAUUACUCCAUAUCGCCACCGUUAUGGGAUACCACAGACUGGUCAGAAGGUUGAUUGUGGUCGGGGCUCAUAUAGAUGUUCAAGAUAUCAAUGGAUAUACCCCCUUGGCGUUCGCUGCGUUAUGUGGAAGACAUACAUGUGCGAGGGUACUAGUAGAAGCUGGAGCCUCAUAUGAUCGACCAACCGCGUAUGGGGAGAUGCCUUUGGACUUGGCGAAAUAUUCGGAACAUUCUCAAGUUGAAGCGUUAUUAUUAUCGGCUGUUUGGUCAACAUCGACCUCGGCCAAAGCUGGAGUUGAGGCGCUGCCUGAUGUGGAUGCUGGAUCGAAUAGCGGGUAUGAGGGAAGUAACGUCAGUGAGAUUGAUGAUGAUAACCCGUCUUCUGGAUCCGAGGUCGAAGAUGAAUUAGAUCAUUGGGAGAAAAUCAGAAUUUCGAGAAAGAAAAGUACCAGUAGGAGAGGACGUAGUGGUCAUUCGCAUUCGGCGUCUAUCUCACGAGGUAAAAAUAAAGAUAAGGAAAAGGAGAAAGCAAAUUCGAAAUCGCCAAAGCCGAAAUCUAGAAGACCAAGCUUACAACAUUCUGAAUCUACUGGUACGACCGCGACUGCCACCGCUACUGUCCCUGCUCCUGCGACCGAUACUGAACUUCUUCAACAUGAUAAGGAUGAUCAUCCUCCACCUCCAUAUGCACCUCGCGAGAAUUCCACUACCCCUUCGAAUGCAUCUGCAUCUGCAGGAUGGAUGUCACGAACUUUAUCGUCGACUUCUCAGAAGAUACCUAAUGCAGUCUGGGAUAGAUUACCUAUACCGCAUUCGAUGUUCAGUCACCCUCAUAAUCCUCAUAAGACCCCUGCUGGUGAUCAUGAACAACAGCAACAACAAGGAUGGGUAGCUUUCCCUGCGCCGUCCUGGGAGACGCUCUCGAAGAUGGCUACUAAUCCUGAAGAAGUCAAAUUAUUCACCCAGGCCAUGGCUGCCGCUGCGUUCAAUGCGGUUGUUCAAAGUGGGAUUACUACUCCGGUAGACUCGGGACCUUCGUCCAGACAUGCGAAAGACCGAGAGAGGGAAGAUGACGAGUUGAGACGUCUAAGGAGGAGAAGGAAAUCCGGUGGUGCCCAUACGAAUGAAGGGCCAAGGGGAAUGGGUAGAGAACAGCGGAGAAGUGGGAGUGUUAGUCCGAGUGAGAAAGUGGUUAAACAUGUUAAGCGCGACAGAAUGUUAUACCUCUUCUGGUUACCCAUCUUACUAUUCGUAGGAUUCUGGUUAUUGGUAUCUGCUUUACCCAUAGCCACAGGGUUCUGCCUCAUUUACGCUAGACAGAUCACGAAAGCUAUCAAGCAGCGUAUGUAG